AUGGUAGUGAUGAAGUUUGUUGGAAUGGAUUUUAGCUGUAUUCUAGGUUCUCUACGCAGUAGUGAAAUCCCAGAAAAAGAUUGCUUACUUCCCUUAAUAUCAAAGCUUUUGGGUUACUGCAUCGUAGCUGCGUCCACCAUAGUCAAACUUCCGCAGAUUGUUUUCAGAAACCCUUGGUCGUCUGUUAUAAUGCCCAAGUUUGGCAUAGAAUGUAAUCUUGCUAGUUCACACGGAGUGAGCUUCAGCCAUCAUAUGUUCAACAAAUUUCUAAUGUGUGGAACAGAGAACAAAGAUAUGGGGAAACAAGUGCAUGUAGAAAAGAAUGCCAGUAAAAUUGAUAUAGGCAUAUUAAAAAUUUUAAAGAACGGAAGUAUAAGAGGGCUUAGUGUCUUAGCCUUUGAAUUGGAGGUUGUUGGGUAUACCAUUGCUUUGGCCUAUUGUCUUCACAAAGGCCUUCCUUUUUCAGCAUAUGGAGAGUUGGCUUUCCUUUUGAUUCAGGGUUUCCUCAAAAAUACAGAUCAGUCAUCAAGCACGCUAGCACAGACACUCAAUCAAUUCACUUUGAACAAAAGUACGGGAGAGCUUAGCUUUAUAACUUCGUUCAUGAAUUUUGGUGGUUCCAUGGAACGACUGCUCUUCAUCGUCGAGGGCGAGGGACCCUGUGGAGAUGACGUCGAGUUGCAGCGGAAUCGCCCGAUCAUCUACGGCGAGCAGAUUGACAUCAAGGCGUAUUCUGCCUUGUACGUUGGUCGCACAAAGAUCCAGGCGGCAUGGCGGCUUCCUGCGCUAACGAGAUUCUCAGUCGCCUCCUCUUUAUUGCCGAGGGCAAGGUGCAUGACCAAGGACAUAGAGGAGAAUACGGUGAGUCGCAGCGGCAGCGUCCGAUCAUCAGAGGCGAGCAACUCGUCGUCGAGCCGUACACCGCCUGUACAAAGAUCAGCCGCCUCCUCUCCAUCGUCGAGGGCGAGGGACAUGGCCAGGGACACGAAGGAGAUGAUGGUGAGUCGUAACAGCAUCGUCCGAUCAUCAUCGACGAGCAGCUCGACGUCGAGGCGUAAUGAUAAAGAUCGUGUAUCUCGAUACAUUGUUUUGUGUCGAAAGGCACACUAA